AUGAUUCGAAGACAGAAAGUCCCUACUGCACUGAUAUCUGUUACCGUUCGUCCCGUUGAAGCGCUAUACCGUGCCCUAGAAAAAUACUACGCUCCGCAGCAAGACCCGGAGGACCCAGAAGAGAUAUGGAUCGCGAUAAUAUUUGUGCCACAUGACGCCAGUACGAAGCCUCACCAUGCUCGCAAACUUGCACAGAAGCUCAUGAACAGCAAAGAUGCAAACGCUUUUAAAUAUGAGUAUUUGUUCGAACGGGAGAUCCCGACGAGCUACCUGAAGCACAGCGUCUCGCUCAAAGAGCUAAUCAAACGUGGAUCAAGCGACUGGAUGUUCCUCGAUGCAGAACAAUCUUUUCCAAGCCCUCUGAAAGAAUUCCGGAAGGUUAUAAUAAGCGAAAUAUUGUCGGACGCCUACGGCGCCGGUCGUUGGUUAGGAGGCAUCGCCCGAGCUUUCGGUGUCGGGGCACCGGUGUAUGAGAUCGCGAACAAGAUAUUUUCAGAUUCUCUUGGAAAUUUCGGGCACAUUGGUAAGAAUCGCCAAUAUGUCGAUGUGUAUUGGGCAAAUAAUGGAGAAGACCUUGAAUGUCACGGUGGUAUUGAGUUUGGGAGCAUAUGCGAUAUUGAAGACGGAAUCAAGGAUGAGCUCGAUUCCUGGCUUGGUGUAUUUGAAUAA